AUGGAGGACUUAUGUUCUUCUAUUUGGCUUCAUCAAGAGGGCAUUGAAGAGAUGAGGCAGGAUCUACACAACACUCUGCUCGAGCUAGAGACACUGAAAAUGGAAGCCAUCGAGAAAUCAAGAACACACAGAGAAGAAAUCAACCAACUUCACAGUCUCCUCAAAUCCACUCAACAAGAACGAGACGAGGCUAGACAAGAACUAUCUCAUUUUCACAUCCAAACCCAAAACCCUAACUCAAGAAGCAUCACUGAAUCAAACAGCUUCGAAUCUUCUUCUCCUUCUUGCUCAGAGCUCUCCAGCUUCCUCAGUAUUCAUCAUACUCAGUCGUCGAUAAUGAUUGUCGAAGAUCCACCGGCUCAGAAUCAUCAUCAUCUUGAUCCUCUGGACGUUCUUGUGAUGGGGAAAAUUUUCCCGGAAAAGGGAAAGCUUUUGAAAGCGGUGGUGAAAGCUGGACCGCUUCUUCAAACGCUUCUUGUGGCGGGACCGCUUCCAAAAUGGGUAAACCCACCACCGCCUCAAACGCAAACGCAGCAGCAGUAUUGCAAGUUGGGUGAUUAUUUUGUCCCUUCUUCUCCGGUUCGAUUGAUUCGGUUAUUGUAUCAAAUCCGGUUCUGGAAAAUGUUUUGUUGUGGAAUACCGGUCACGAUUUAA